GGGAGCUGGAAAAUGCAGACACGAUCAUCUGACUUCUCGGCUUAACAUCUCUCUGUGGCUCUCCUGACCCACCAGGUGCCGCAGGACCCUUUCCGGCCACCAAGGCCACUUCUGAAGCUGGGGCACCCGGGGACGCACCAGCAUCCAGGAUGUCCACACAGAGCACGUACCCGCUGGAGCCCGAGGCCUCGCAGCUGCAGCCGGAGACCCCAAAGGCCCCAGGCCACCAGCGGCGUCAUACGCUUCCCGCCAACGAGUUCCGCUGCCUCACCCCGGAGGAUGCUGCCAGCGUGUUUGAGAUUGAGCGUGAAGCCUUCAUCUCUGUCCUGGGCAUCUGCCCCUUGUAUCUGGAGGAGAUCAAGCACUUCCUGACCCUGUGUCCAGAGCUGUCCAUGGGCUGGUUCCAGGAGGGCCGCCUUGUGGCUUUCAUCAUCGGCUCGCUUUGGGACCAGGAGAGACUCACUCAGGAGUCGAUGACGCUGCACCGGCCCGGGGGCCACACCGCCCACCUACGCGCCCUGGCCGUGCACCACACUUUCCGGGGACAAGGCAAGGGCUCCAUCCUGAUGUGGCGGUUCCUGCACCACCUGGGGAGGCAGCCAGCAGUGCGCCGGGCCGUGCUCAUGUGUGAGGAUGCGCUGGUGCCCUUCUAUCGGAAAUUCGGCUUCCGCCUCGUGGGCCCAUGCGCCAUCACCCUGGGCUCGCUCACCUUCAAUGAGCUGCAGCGCUCCAUGUGGGACCAUGCCUCCCGGCGUAGGAACAGCGGCUCCUGA